AUGUCAUUCUUGAGAAAACUGUUUAGGAGAAGCAAGCAGGCCUCGCAGUGCGACAUGGACGCGAAUGCGCGGGAUCUGGAUUCUGGUUACGUAUUUGUGAGGGGACUGGAUGACGUGGACCGGGAGUUAAGUGGCGACCACGAGGUUGCAGACAAUCUGGUUGUGGAAGGGCACUCAACGCUCACGGAGGACCCAUCAGAAGUAGACGUGUCUGCGUGGGAGAUGGCACGCAACUGGACUGCCAAGACGAAAAGCGCGUCGCGACUUGCCAGCGUGAAACCUGCAGUCAGCUCCAAAUCGCAGCGUCUGGCACACCGCGUCGAAAACAUCCGCAGAACGCCGCACCAGGCCACCACUCGGAACCAAAAAAGGUGUGUAGUCGAAUAUGUGGACCCAGCGAUGGACGAGGACAGCGAGUAUCUGUUUGACGACAAAUGGAACCGUAAGACCAAGGUGGAAUCGCGUCGUGACAGGCUCAGUAAGCUUGGUACGUGA